AGCUCUGAUGGAAGGAGCAAUCAGCAAGCUCGAAAGCGUGCCGAUCAGAUUGGGAAAGACUUUAAAGCCAAGGAGAAUGGAAACAGCCGACAUGAUGGCUCGAGACACAGCGCAUCAGACCACGAUAGAGAGAGCGAAUCAGAGGUGGACGAAGACGUUACUGUGAUGGAUGAGUCCAUGGACCUCCAGAACGGCAGAGAGAAAGAAAGCACAGAAACGAAGACCGUAAAUGAUUCAGAGGCGAAAUCUGCUGAGCACGACAAAAAACAGCCCAGUGAAGACAAGACCGAAAACCUGGAGAACGGAGACGUAGAGAUCAAAAUAGAGGUGGAGGAGGAGGAAGCGAUGAAUGGAGGACAGGAGGAGGCUAAAGCACUUAAUAAUGGCAUCGACAAGAACGAUGAGCACAAAGAAGAAGCAUCGGAUGAAAGUCCCAGUCUGCCCAGGAGGACACGAAGCAGGACGGCAGAUGGAAAAGAAGCAGAAAUGGUCAAUAAUCCAGAACUGAGGAAGAGACGAGCUUCAACAGGACAGACGCCGCCGGCCAAAAGAAGCAGAGCCAAUUCAAGCACAGACAGAAACACUCAGACUCCAAUCAAACCAGUUAAAUCUGACUCUGUCCCAGAAACCUUGGAAAAUAAGGAUGAAAAGACGAGUCCUGCAGGAAAAGCGACCCCUGCAGAAGAGGCAGGAUCUACACCUGAACUUGCUGCUGCCCUCAAACGUCAAGUCCACCUCCCAACCACAAACAAGUACAGUAGAGAACCACUUUACAGGGUCAUCAAAAACCAGCCUCCCCCUAUCCUGUCCAUUGAGCUGGACCACAACCCCUUCAAAUGCAAGAUGGCCGGCUGCCUCAAGUCUUUUCGCAAGGCGUCCCUCCUGCACUACCACAUGAAGUACUAUCACGCACAGAGCGACCCAAGCCCCCCACGAUGUGUCCAGACGCGCUCUUCAGACAAGCAGAGCCCCAGUCAGGAGACCCCCCGCAGACGCCGCACUGUCUCCGCUUCACACCAUACUCCGUCUCCUCUGAGCGACAGUAAGUCAGGUCACUCCCUGUCGCCCCCUGCUGUGGGCAUCAUGCACCGGCAGCGCUCGGCCACACUGGGAGCCGAGAGGAGCAAAGAGAACCAGGUCUUCAACCGCUCGCUGCAUGACGACAGAGACUGGGUUGCCAAGGAAACAGCGCUUAAGGAACGCGAGAGGCUGAGAGAGAAACGGCAGAGGGAGUUCUUCCGCAUCAAGCUGAAGAAAAAGAAGAAGAAGAAAAGGAAGUCGAAGUCAGACUCUCACAGCACUGAGGAGAAAAUUGGCCCAAAGCCUCUCCCCUGCAAUCUGAAUUCGGCCCACAAAUUGCCCCUCUCCCUCACACACCGAUCCAACACAGGACACUGCCCCGAAAAGAUGCUCAGCCAGGGUGAAGACAGCAGCAGUGAUUUGUCCUCGGACAGUCCAGUAUGGAGUGAGGACGAGUCUGACACUGAGCUGGAUCUGAACGUCCCGCUCUCGGAGCAGGGGGUGGAAACAGUCACUCACAGCUCUGAGAUCGUACGCUGUAUUUGUGAAGUGCAGGAGGAGAACGACUUCAUGAUACAGUGUGACGAGUGUCUGUGCUGGCAGCACGGGACGUGUAUGGGUCUCUAUGAGGACAGUGUGCCCGACAGUUACAGCUGCUAUAUCUGCAGAGACCCACCAGCUCAGAGGCAGAGUCAGAGAUACUGGUAUGAUAAAGACUGGCUGAGCAGUGGACACAUGUACGGCUUGUCUUUCCUGGAGGAGAACUACUCUCACCAGAACAGUAAGAAGGUGACGGCAGCACAUCAGCUUCUAGGAGACGUCCACCGAGUGUUUGAGGUCCUCAACGGCCUUCAGCUCAAGAUGAGCAUUCUACAGACACAAGCCCAUCCGGACCUGAAACUCUGGCGGCAGCCCUGGAAACAUGCCGACGGCCUGCGGAGGAGGAUGGCAGGUGACUCUGGCAUCGCUACUCCAUUGCCGCCCUCGCCUCCUGAAAUGGGAGAGAAUGAGUUUGAGACACUAAAGAGUGAAGCCCCGUCGCCUAUGGAGACACAUUGCUCUUUCCAGGACUCGUACAUUAGCAGUGAGCACUGCUAUCAGAAACCCCGUACCUACUACCCGGCGGUGGAGAGAAGACUAGUGGUGGAGACACGAGGCGGCUCUGAGCUAGAGGACAGUCUCAGGAGCACCGAGGACCUGCUGGAGAUGGCAGAGCAGAGGUAUGGCACGCAGCUGGACCAUGAGCAACACAAGCUGGCUGAUCGCUCCUUUAGUAAGGAACUGGAGAGCCGAAUGAAACGACUGGUGUCCGCAGAGCAGGAAAAGAGUUGUGGGGUUGAAAUCAAGGAAGAGGAGCCUGACCCUGUGACCCCUGACCCCAAGCCUGACCCUGACUAUGUGCUUCACCAGCAGUGGCAGCUCAAUCUGCUGGAGCACAUCGAAGCGGUGCAGGAUGAGGUCACGCACAGAAUGGACCUCAUCGAGCGAGAACUUGACGUGCUGGAGAGUUGGCUGGACUACACAGGUGAGCUGGAGCCUCCAGAUCCACUGGCUCGACUCCCUCAGCUGAAACAUCGCAUCCGGCAACUCCUGACUGACCUGGGAACAGUCCAGCAGAUCGCACUCUGCUCCUCAUCCUCGUGAGGGCGCCAGAGAACAGCUCAAACUCAAUCGCCAAUAGAUACAUGUGCCUGUUUGUUUUUUUCCUUUCUCUCUUAAAAAAAAUCAAGCAAGCUAAUGUUUCUGCGGCACAUGUCUGUUGGACUGAUGAACAUUGAAGCUAACUGAUAUCUGAUGCAAACAACAGUUUUUAUUUUAUAAUGCUUUAUUGUAGCACUUAGCUGUCUGUCAUAGGCCUAGCAGGUAUUUUGAUAUCGUUUCAUUUUUUUAUGUCUUUUCCUCUGUGUUCUUGACAUGCUAAAUAAUUAUUUUGUGUUACUUCAUAUGUGAUUGUUUUUUUUGGACAUUUUCGCUCUCAAUAAAGAGCUUAAAAAGGAACUGAAGGGUAUUUUGCUGUAGUUAAAGUAAAAAACAAAACAAAUGUUAAAUAUGAGUGUAACAAUAUACAAAAUAUAUAUUUUAAAUCUGAAAAUACUUGCAUUUUACUUCUAUAUUUGUACAAAUGGCUAUGAGAGUCAUGUGAUCUUGUAAAUAACCCAACCUAUUGCUUCGAUACGUGUUCUUUUUUAUUUGAAACUAUUGCAUUUACAGUAAAGACUUUCUGUAAUCUUUGAUCUGUUGUGAAUACUGUAGUUGUGGGCUUUCUGCCUAUAACCAUCCCGUUUGUUUUAUUUUGUUGACACAAUUGAUGUUGCUUGCAUUUCAAAUCGGUGGUCUUUUUCCACUGGCGCAUAUUAUAUAAGCACAGAAUGUUGUUCGCUUGCAGACUGAGUAUCUCUGUAUGUCUGUUUCGUUUUUUUCUUCUAAUUUCUGAUUGUUUCUAUUCACUUUUCUGUCGCUCUCGAGGCUACGCAUUUUUGAAUCAAGACAUUAGAUGCCUAUUAAGUUAUUGUAAUUGUGAAUUUAAGUUAUUGAUUUUACUUUGGUCCAUUGGUUUUCUUUUAUAUGGAGUAUUGAUUGAUUAGAGAAAACGAGAUAAAAGCUGGGGUCUUUUUUUAUAGUGUUCUCACCCUGUGGUGUUAGGAUUUUAGUUUUUCAUUUAGAUCAUUACUGUUUAUACAAAAAAUGUGCUUAAUCUUACUUCAGGCAAAUUUGAGUGUCAUUCACUUUUAAACACACACAAACACAAAUAUUUGUUAUAAGCCUGUGGAUUGAUAUAAUCCUGCCGAUGGGUGUUUUUAUUUGAUUUGUUUUUUGUAAGUUUAUUUGUACAACUAAUAAGUGGUUGACCAAUUGACUUCCUCAGUAUUGUGCAUUAUAUAUUUACGUCUGCCCUGUUGCUUUCCAGUAAUGGAAAUCUACUUAUGGAUCAUAAGUAUUGCCGUCUUUUUUAUGUGAAUUUUUUUUCAUCGUUGCCAUCUUUUAUGUCAGGGGUCCCUGGAAAUCUACAAGUUCUGAAAAAUAUUGACAUAUAAUCCAAAUGCAAGAAAAUAAAUGCAAACAUUUAAACUCCA